AUGAAGAUCUCCAAGAAGAACCAAACCUCCACCACCGAAAAGGCACCCAAGAAGGGACUUCUUGGCAAGCUUGGCUUGAAGAAGAACAAGAAGGCGAAGGAAGGGGAAAAGCCAGUCGAGGAAGAAAAGCCGGUCGAGGAAGAAAAGCCAGUCGAUCCUGAACCAGUCAAGGAGGACGCUCGUGAGCUUGAAAAGCCCGUCCAAUCGGUUGACACUGAAGCAACAAAGGACGACACUGAGCGUGAGCAACCCGAGAACAAGCCACCCACCAGUCCUUUGUUCUGUGGAUGCCUCUAA